UUUCCGCUGUAGGGUUUUCGUGUCUACGAUAUGGCGUCGGUGUAAGUAUAAAAUGAUUAUUUUUAUCCAAUUGCAUCUACCUAAUUUGCAUUCAAAAAUAAUUUUAACUCAUUUAAAGCUUGUAUCAUUAAAAUUUAUACAUUAACAAAUAUCAUCAAUCUAUUCUUGAAUGUUUCAUUUUCAAUUGAACUGUGACAUGUCUUCAAAGUUUGGUUAUGAUUUCACGACUUAAUACUUAUGUCAUUAAAUUAUAAUUCUCUAUCUAAAUACUCCUUAUUUAUUUGAUAUAUUUUAAAACUCUGUCUUUAGAAUGAGUAAGAAAGAAGCCACUCCUAAGAAGGACACCAAGAAGGAUUCCACACCUGCAAAGGAUGGCGCCAAGAAGGUGGCUGGCAAAAAGUUGCCUGCUGUUCCAGAAUCUAUCAUGAAGAGGAGGAAAGCCAGGCUUGUUCGUAAGGCUUCCUUAUUGAAGAAAACACUCAAGAAAAAGGCGUUGAAUCACAAGAAACGUAUCCAGAUCUUCAAGCGUGCUGAAAAGUACGUCAAACAGUACAGAAGCAAAGAAAGGGACCUGAUUCGUCUGAAUCGCCAGGCCAGGAACAAGGGCAACUACUUCAUUCCUGGUGAAGCCAAGUUGGCUUUUGUCAUCAGAAUCAGAGGUGUGAACCAAGUAUCCCCGAAGGUCAGGAAAGUUCUCCAGCUAUUCAGACUGAAGCAGAUCAACAAUGGUGUCUUCGUCAAAUUGAACAAGGCCACCAUUAACAUGUUGAGAAUAUGCGAGCCAUAUAUCACAUGGGGCCAUCCCAACCUGAAGAGUGUCAGGGAGCUGAUCUACAAGCGUGGUUUCGCCAAGGUCAAGGCUCAGCGUAUUCCCAUCACAUCCAACGAGAUCAUUGAGAAGAAACUCGGAAGCCACAAUAUCAUCUGUGUCGAAGACUUGAUUCACGAAAUCUUCACAGUCGGCUCAAAAUUCAAAUACGCUUCAAACUUCCUAUGGCCCUUCAAGUUGAACACACCGACUGGUGGAUGGAGAAAGAAGACCAACCACUACGUCGAGGGUGGUGAUUUCGGUUGCCGAGAGGACAAGAUCAAUGCCCUUCUUAGGCGUAUGGUUUAAACUCUGAUAAUAAAUGACUAUUUGUUAAUAAAUGAGGUUUCUACUCUGAA